CUUGACUUUUUGUGUCUUUUUUCAAACGCACUCCCUUAAAGAGUCCUUCUGACUCCAUAUAUUCAAUAAAAGCUGGUGACUUGCAAGAGGCUAGAGCGAUGGGGAGGGGCAUAGAUACAUCUUAUCCGCCAUUGGAGACCAGAUAUGCGCAUUUGCUGCAAGAUCAGCACCUUACCAGUAUUCCUGGGGAAGAAUACAGAGAGGAGGAUGAAAACUGUGGCCCCCCAUUACUUGAUUUGCAGCUUUUGAGAAGCCCACAAUCAUCAAGCCAGUGUGCCCAAAACAUCAUUAAGGCCUGUUCAGAAUGGGGAAUCUUCCAAGCAAUCAAUCAUGGCGUGUCUCUCGAUCUCAUUCAACAGAUGCACACACAGACAAACACACUCUUUUCCUUGCCAUUUGAAGUCAAGAAAAAUACAUUAAGCAGGGAAAUGUUUCCCUACAUGUGGGGUACUCCAAUUGGAGUGGAGGUUAAGAACUGCAAUUGGAUGGAAUCCUUUCUCAUAUCCCCUCACUCAUACAACUUCCAGGCUGCUGCUUCAUUUGAUGGAAUCCAACCUACAGAUCUCAGUCUCCUCAGUUUGACACUGCAAGAAUAUGGUAGAGCUAUGAGUAAACUUGGUUGUGAGCUUCUGGGGGUUUUAUCAUCAGAGAUGGGUUUAAGCCCAUCUUAUUAUAGUGACUGUUUCUCAACUGCUGAUUCAUUCAUAAAACUAAACCGGUAUCUCACCUGCACAAGGCCAGAGGCAGUCUAUGGGUUGGAACCCCACACUGACAGUGGUCUCCUCACCAUCAUCCACCAAGACCAAGUUGGUGGGCUUGAGAUCCUGAGGGAGGGAAACUGGAUUGGUAUCAAACCCAGGGCUGAUGCACUUGUAAUCAACGUUGGUGACCUCUUACAGGCAUGGAGCAAUGAUGUUUGUAAGAGUGUGGAACACCGAGUAUUUGUGAACUGUAAUGAAGAGAGGGUAUCAUUGGCCUAUUUUCUAAACCCUUUUGAUGAUACUUACGUACUCAGCCCAAACCAGAGUGGCUGCCAUUACAGAGGCUUCACCACCAAAGAAUUUCGGGCACAAGUUAAGGAAGACGUUAAACUCACAGGCUCUAAGAUUGGUCUUCCUCACUUCAGGCUGGAUAAUGUUUUAAAUUAAAAACUAUCACAGUAAAAGCCGGGAUUUUGACGCAACCGUUUGUACUUUCCUACUGUUUGUUGCCUUUAUGCAAGAGCUUCAAGUACAUAGUGCAAUGAAUCUGUCUAAGUUUGUCAUGUCUGUUGGUAUCUGCCCUUGCAUAAUUAGACUGUUUUGUCAUUUCAGGUCCGUUAUGUUUGAUCUUAACUGAUUACUUUGUGAGCCUUUGCCGUCAUCAAUAAAUAAAAAACAAAAAAUUACUUUCUGAUUGUCUAAAUUGUGUGAGGAUUGAAAUUUUAUUUUCCAAAUUUGUUAUCAAGGUGAAACCCUAGGCACGUCAUUCUCAUCAGCUUAGCCUUGACUAGCUCUUCUUGUUAUUAUGCUGAAAGAGAUUCCCUCUGAAAUACCCCAAGCUCCCUUACAGCAGCGGACAGAAAUGUAUGAUGCAGAAUGACUUAUAAACGUUGGAUGGCCAUUAGACAGAUCUGAGCUGUAACAGUGACUUUGAUUAAUUGAGGUAGCAGUAAAUAAGCUGCGCAAUCAUUUUCACGAAUUUUUGGUAGAAAAACGUUCCUUUUGUUUGAAAUCCUCCAUGAAAAGUACUGCUAUGCAAGUUUGGCAACCCAUAACCUCUUCUCAAAAAAGAUGAAUUUUGGACCAUUUUAGAAACCUAAAAGAAUUUCCAAAACAUUUCGGAGUUGGGCAAUGGCUUCGACAGACAGAGCCAUCUGGCCUUGGAAAUUGAGGGCCCUCAGCUGCAGUCCUAAAUUAUGUUCGUAAUGCUGUGGGAUAAACGUGUAUGUAAAAUGUAGAAAACUAGACAGGGUACACGAACUGUUUGACAAAAUGCCUCAAAGAGAUGUGUCCUCGUGGACUAUAACGAUUCCAUGAUAUGCAGAAAAUGAAUUUUUUAAGAAUACUUCAGAAGCUUUCAAGCAAAUGCGAUUGGCAAGCCAAAUUCCACAACUUUUACCAGCAUCCUCCCUGCCUGUGCCAAAAUGGGAGCUUUAGAACAGGGUAUGGACAUCCAUCAAAGCAUAAAGGAUACAGAAGUUUUUUCGGAUAUAGUUGCAAUUGCCCUGGUAAAUGUUUAUUGUAAAAUGUGGAAGCAUAGACAAGGCACCUGAAUUGUUUGAAAGAACGCCUCAAAGAGAUGUGAUAUUAUGGACUGCAAUGAUUGCAGGAUAUGCACAGAAAGGAUUUAUUGAAAAGUGUUUAGAAACUUUCAAACAGAUGCAAUUGGCAGUUGUAAAGCCAGAUGGGAGGUUUGGAACUGGGUAUGGACAUCCAAAUCCCUAUACUUGAGCAGGGCCUUCCUCUUCGGUUGCUUUAGACAAUUAAGUCCCCAACAUCGAAUUUAGGAUUUAGGGCAUGGACCAGAAGGUGGAACAGGGUAUUAAACUAAUUCCAUUUGCUAACAAUUAUGUUGCUCAUGUGCAGCCAAAAAUUUGGAUCAAAGAAGUUCAUGGUUAUCUGGAAAUCUCGCCUCAAAUGAUAUCGGUGGUUCUGUCAACCAGAGUGUUGAUCCCAUCACACAACUCCAGGUAGGGGGUAGUAAAACUUGCUGUAUGAACAUAGUAAAUUGUUGGUUCUUUGCUCCACCAACUCUCCUCAGUAACUAAAUGACCCAGUGUAUCCAUUUCUGAAUCUAGUUGUCUUGCAAUACUCUCAACCUAUUCACCACCAUCAUCAACAAUGGCAGUUGUAGAUUUCAUCUUUGUAAGGCAUCUGAACAUGAGAAGUUUGAGACAACUGCAUCUUUGUCAUUUUCAGCAGCUCCAACUUGGAGUAUCGUCGAACAACUGCUUAAGAUUGUAAGUAAUGGUGAUUGGCAUAGUUGCCAUGUAUGAAACAUUCCAUUCAUUCGGGAUGCCAAACCAAAAUUGCAAAUCCAGAAUUUUCAAAAAGACAUGUAAAAUUUCUAUCGAAAAUGAAAAAGUCCAGAUCGAAUCGGACAAAUCCAGCCAGUCCAAAGAUUCCAGAUGGGGCUGUAUUUAGCUCAAAAUUUCUGAAUUUGGUAACUAGAAUGACUGGUUAAGCAUUUGAUAAUAACCUUAGACUUCUGUGUAAGAUAAUCGAUGAACAUUGAACCAGCUACAUAUUAUGCAGGGAGUCUAGAAUGUGACUGUACCUGUUCUCCACUAUCAGCCAUACAAUGCCAUCAAAUCAUAAAACUGAGAUGUACAUAUGUUGAUUUCUAUGGG